AUGUCGAACCAGGCGCUUCUUCGUAUCGGAAGGGAGAUCAGUCAGAUCCAGCAGGGAGCUGACCUCUCACUUGCCGUGGCUUGCCAGGAAGCAGACAUUCGUAACGUCAAGGCUCUCAUAGUUGGGCCGCCUGGAACUCCCUAUGAAUUUGGCUUCUUCGAGGCUAUGACUACCAACGGCGGAAGAUGCCGUUUCAACCCCAAUAUUUAUGCCUCAGGCAAGGUUUGCGUGACAUGGGAGGGAAGUAGUGGGGAGCAGUGGUCGUCAGCUCAGGGCCUAGAGUCCAUCUUGAUCUCCAUUCAGAGCUUGAUGUCUGCAAACCCAUAUGAAAACGAACCCGGAUUCGAAAACUCCAAAUCUCCCACUGAUCUCAAAGCAAUGGAUAAUUAUAUUGCCAAGGUUAUACCACUCUUUUAA